CACUGCUCAAUCCGAGGCUUGCUCUGCUAUUGAAUUAUGAAGGGAGAUGGUGGUACAACCUAGCCCGAUCACCUGCAAUGAAGCCCUAUCGGAGGUAGUAUGCCUAGAAUGACGUUAUUUUAUCUUUGCCUAUCGCAACCUUCGCCAGAUGGCCCCCGAAGGAUCCGAUUGGUAUUCCGGAUCCACUUGGACGCUCCGGUGUACCCCAUAAUUUCCAGCGUCUCUCCCUCUCAGCCAAUCAAUCGAACUUCCCAAGGGGCUAUCAGAUCGGAGGCCCAGCUGGCCCCUCGAAAAGCGUCCACAACUGUCAGGAAAGGUGGGUGUGGGUGAAAUCAACCCUAAACUCUACACCAUCCUCUCUAUUUCGAAGUGUACUAUCUUUCUUGAACGGGUUUUUGCGCAGCGAUGCGAAAUCGGAGUACGAGAAGCGCGAGCGAUGAUGAGCGUCAGCCCUUGUGGGCAGGACCAGAUCAAUUGGAGGACCGCGGCAAUACAGGCUCUAGCAAUAAUCGUCAUCUUGGCCUAUCCUCAACGGCCUUACUUCUGACUAACCGCAUGAUCGGCGCCGCCAUCUUCUCCGUACCGUCAUCUAUUUUUCUCAGCGUUGGCAGUGUAGGUGCGGCGCUGUCAUUAUGGGUGAUCGGGAUCAUGAUCACCUUUUGCGGAUUCUACAUCUACUUGGAACUGGGAUGUCUGUUGCCGCACACUGGCGGGGAGAAAGUGUACUUAGACACAGCAUUUCCUCGACCCUAUAGGCUCGCUAGCACGCUCUAUGCCUUCUACAUAUUAUUUGGAUUCCCAGGUAUGGCAAGCGUUGUCAUUGCAGAUAAUACCCUAUUCGCCUUCAAUGUCACCGCUAGUGAGAUAGGACAGCGAGCCCUCGCAGUAGGAAUAAUGGCCCUAGUCGCCGCAGCCCUCUCCAUAUCUCGCGAAUGGAGCGUGCGAAUUGUGAACUCGUUAAGCCUUCUAAAGCUUGCGACCUUCCUGUUGAUUCUGUCAACUGCACUGGCCAUUGUUGUAGGAGUCAUCCCAAGUAACGGUGAUCUUGGCGCCAACUUUCACCACCCAUUUGCCCAUUCGUCAACCAGUGUAUACGACUACUCUGUCUCCUUGUUCAAGGUGCUGGAAUCGUUCCUGGGAUGGAACAGUGCAAGCUUGGUUCUUGGGGAGGUCAAGAACCCACAAAGGACCCUCAAAGUGGCCGGCCUGCUCAGUGUCGGAUCGGUCGGAUUACUCUAUCUGCUUAUUAAUGUCUCCUACUUCAUUGUUGCUACGCCGAGCGAUAUUGGCCAGGCCGGUACACAGCUGGUAGCUCGCCUGCUGGGCAACGUCUUCGGGAGCGCAGCCUCGCGUGUGACUGCUGGUAUGGUCGCUCUCUCCACCUUCGGCAGUUCAGUGUCCACUGCAUUUGCAGUCACCCGAGUGAUUCGCGAACUCGCAGCGGAAGGAAUUACCCCAGCGGCCAGUAUUCUCUCGAAAACCUCCCGGUCCGGUAAUCCGGCCAUUGCGACAUCCGUCUUUAUGUUCGGCCCUUCGGUGGUGGCAGUUCUACUGUUGCCUUCUGGAGAUGCUUAUGCCUUCUUGCUGGAUGUGAACCAGUAUAUGUUGGCCAUGGUAUACGGUGCAGUUGUCGUAUGCCUUUUCAUCAUUCGGCAGAACGUCUCAUCCGCCGAAUAUCCGUUCCAAGUGUGGACCUGGGUCCCGUGGCUCUUCCUUGCCUGUCAGAUCUACCUAGUUGUCUCGCCUCUUGCAUCUCCCAGUGGCCCUGGCGAUACCAAUUUGCCAUACUGGCUGGCUCCAGUCGUCUCCUUCUUGGUAAUAGGCCUUGGUGUGCUGUACUGGCGGCUGAAAGCGUUUGGCAACUCGGCACGGAACCUGUGGUUCGGAAAGAUAGGGGAUAAUCUUGGAUCUUAUGGUGCCAUCACGGCACCCUGAUCAGAUGCGAUGAUCAGGACUUAGAUGAUAUUUGACUGCCGUAUUGGGUGGACGAAAAGGAAUAUAAUAUAAGCGCUUUUCACUUAGUGUAAGGCCUUCGCCUGUAGAAUACGUGUCGAUCGGGAAGAUGUUUUCCGUAGGCUGAGUAUGCAAAGACCUCGACAUGUUAGAUUACACAGAUUCCUUCCCAAAAAAAAGGACAUCCAGUUGUUGAGUGGGUUUCAUGAGCUAACAGUUACUAGAAGCUCCAAUAAACUACUUUAUUUUUUAGUAGCACAAGGCACCAGGGAGGGAGGAG